GUGACGACUCCGGACAGAAUACUCGCCACUGCUGUGCAGGACUCACCUGUGUGCCAGAGCCCCCAAAGUCUCCAGCCCUGCCCACAGCCCCCAGCCCCUGCCCCACGCCAGGGGGCUCGGCCCGGAGGGAUCCCACCGGGAUGAACAUGGUAAAGAGCCCGGAGCAGCGGCUGGCCGGGAUGGUGGCUGUCCGGGAGACGUCUCCAGCCUGGUCUGCCCUGGGAGAGGAGGGGCCGGCAACUAUGAAAAAGGACAAGAGCCACGGGAAAGAUGAGGACUGUAGGGCAAAGCUGAUCCUCAUCAACGGGGACGAUGCACCUGGUGUUGUACUGGAGGCAAAUGGGAAGCCCAGCACUCGAGAUUCCAGGAGCCUGGGGCUGCUGCCCCUGAAGAAGGAGGACAGCAAUGGAGACCUCUCCAAGGAGGACCUGGCCUGGCCGCUUGAUCUGGCACAGAGGCAGGCACAACCCUGGGGCAGUGCUGGGUGGGAGAGCAGCCUCAGGCAGAAGCCCACCCUCUGCCUCAUGUUCCAGGCAGGGCGGACCCGGCACAGGAUGCGGAUCAAGGAACCACCACGCAGUGUGGAGACUCUCAGGGACCUGCCAACUCCUGUGCGGAGCUCCAGGCGUCGCUCAGCCGUGUCCACACCUGUGACCAUCGACCUGACAGAGGAGGACUCCCAGGACUCAUCCCGGAGCAGCAGCACACUCUCUGGUAGCAGCUCCCAGGAGGGGCAGAACGGCUCUGCUGAGCUGGGGGCUGAGGAGUCAGAGAGCAGAGACAUGGGCAUGGCGCUGGAGUACCAGGAUGGGAAGGAAUUUGGAAUUGGGGAGCUCGUCUGGGGAAAGAUCAAAGGUUUUUCCUGGUGGCCUGCGAUCGUCGUCUCCCACAGAGCCACGGCCAAGCGCCAGGCAGUGUCGGGCAUGCGGUGGGUGCAGUGGUUUGGAGACGGGAAGUUCUCUGAGGUUUCUGCAGACAAACUGGUGGGAUUGAUGGCCUUUAGGCAACAUUUCAAUUCCUCCACGUUCAACAAGCUGGUAUCCUACCGCCGUGCCAUUUACCACGCUCUGGAGGUUGCACGGAGCCGGUCAGGGAAGACAUUUACAACUGGCCCCAGGGAGUCACUGGAGGAACAGCUGAAGCCCAUGAUUGACUGGGCAAUCACUGGCUUCAAACCCCUGGGGCUCAAGGGACUGCGGCCACCCAAAGGCUCAGAGAAUGGAGUGUUGAGGAAUGGGACAGAGGAGGUGGUGUCCAUUGAACAGUGUCCCCCCACCAAGAGGCUGAAAACCUACCCCUGCAACAACAGCAAGGAGCAGCGUGUGGAAGAGGACCAGACCCGAGAGCAAAUGGUUUCUGAAGUCACGAACAACAGCGGGAAGCUGGAAGACAGCUGUUUGUCCUGCGGGAGGAGGAAUCCGGCCACCUUCCACCCACUGUUCAAGGGGGGCCUCUGCCAGACCUGUAGGGAUAGAUUCCUGGAGUACUUCUAUAUGUAUGAUGAAGAUGGGUACCAGUCCUACUGCACUGUCUGCUGUGCAGGCAAGGAGCUGCUGCUCUGCAGCAACGCCAGCUGCUGCAGGUGCUUCUGUGUGGAGUGUCUGGAUGUGCUGGUGGGGCGAGGGACGUCGGCCAGAGUAAAAGAGCAGGAGCCCUGGAACUGCUACAUGUGCCAGCCCCAGCAGAACCGCGGCGUGCUGCAGCGCCGGCAGGACUGGAACACUCGCCUGCAGGACUUCUUCACCAGUGACAAGGGACAGGAAUAUGCUGCACCCAAAAUCUACCCAACAGUUCCUCCAGCGAAGAGGAGACCAAUUCGAGUGCUCUCCUUGUUCGAUGGGGUAGCAACAGGGUACACGGUGCUGAAGGACUUGGGCAUCCAAGUGGAGAAGUACAUUGCCUCAGAGAUCUGUGAGAACCCCAUGGCUGCGAGCACUGUGCGGCCUGAGGGCAACAUCACCUACGUGCAUGAUGUCAGGAACAUAACCAAGAGAAAUAUUGAGGAGUGGGGUCCUUUUGACUUGGUGAUUGGUGGAAGCCCCUGUGACAACGUUUCCCUCGUCAAUCCAACCAGGAAGGCGCUCUUUGGCCCCCCAGCCCUACACCCCGUGCCCCAGCUGGUUCCAACCUCUGCCCGCUAUUUCCUUGUAGAGGGAACUGGGAGGCUGUUCUUCGAGUUCUACCACCUGCUCAACUACGCUCGUCCCAAGGCAGGCGAGGAGCGGCCCUUCUUCUGGAUGUUUGAGAAUGUGGUGGCCAUGAGGCUCAACGACAAGAGGGACAUUUCCCGGUUUCUGGAGUGUAACCCAGUUAUGAUUGAUGCAAUCAAGAUAUCAGCUGCCCACAGAGCUCGUUACUUCUGGGGCAACCUCCCUGGGAUGGACAGGAUCUUUGGCUUUCCCCUCCCCUACACAGAGGUUUCCAACAUCAGCCGUGGGACUCGCCAGAAGCUGCUGGGGGGAUCGUGGAAUGUCCCUGUCAUCCGGCACCUCUUCUCCCCACUUAAGGAUUACUUUGCCUGUGAAUAGCAAACUGAGCGUCCCUCGUCUCUCUGGUAAAGACGCACAGCACCGCUGCUGUGGCGGGAGAGGGACGGGCACGGCCACCAGACUGCCACAGCCCCGUCCCUCCCCGGCCACGUGCUGCGGGAUGGCAGCCUGGCCCUGCCGGGAGAGCCGAGGAAUGUCUGUAACCAAAGAACCUGGCAGGAUAACUUCUUUCAAGGGACUAACAGUGAUACGUAGGAAAUGAUGGACAAGCUUUAAUUACCCAGCACGCGAGGCUCUAUGCAUCACUGAUGAGACGGGGAGUCUCAUCCUCCAGAGCAUUAACUAUUCCGGUUUAGCCUGGAGCUGGGAAGUCACCACUUGCUGAGCAGCAGUGUGCGGGCAGCUGCUGGGGAGCUGCAGGCAAACCUGAACUACAGUGAAUUGGUGCUUUUCCUAAACAAACAAAACCUCUUGAAGUAACUGCCAAAAACCCCCAAACCGUAGCAGCAGGUGUAAGGGACCCUGCUCAGGUUACACACUGAACACAGGAUCAUAUAGAAACCAAAUCUUUUUUUUCUUUUUUUCCUUUUUUUUUUUGUUUGAUAAAAUUUAAUUUUGUUGUUUUAAUGUCUAUUGCUGCUUUAAGGCAUUACAUAAGAAUGUGGAGAUUCCUAGACCUGAAUGUAGCUGAAACUGAACUGUGAGGUGAUAGAAUUACUUUUUUAGCUAGAACUAAAGAAAUAUUGUUUUAUAUGUUUGGUUGUAGUUUACAAAUAUUCACUACUUCCUUUUUAAAGCAUCUAAAACCUUUCCUUACAUUUUAAAUCCUGCUGAAUGGUUUGGAAGCUUACAUAGUAACUGGAGCAUGGAGGAUUUGGGCUCCAGGGUCUGUAAAGGAAAAUGUUGCUGGAGCAUCCAUUUCCUAAAUGAAUGUGGUAUGUCAGCAGGAAGGACAGUGUGAUGGUCAAUGGCACCCUCAAAUAUCAGCACCUCAAAUUUCAUGUAGGAUGUCUUGAACCCAAGCAGUGGUGGCAGGGCAUUCCUUCCAGGGAAAAUCCCACUCAACCCUCAUGGAGUGCAGGGACCAGGAGUGCAGUACUGCUCUUUCCUGUGCCCAGGGAAUGGGACAGUGAAGCAGGAAAGCACUGCCACUGCUGGAGGUCUUGGGGGUCUGCAGGCAGGGGCUGUACCUCUCCUCCCCUGUGCUCCCAUUUCCCUGUGCACAGAGGUGGAACUGUGUGCCCAGCCCCAGCCUGGCAGCACCCUGGGGGCUCCUGGGGCUGUGCCCCCUAACUGGGAGCUCCUGUGGCCACCACUGUGCUCACUUUUGAUUGUCUUCCUCUACUCCCCAGCUUUGCCAGAGUUAUUAUGCUUUCCAUGAAGUCCUGGGCAUGCUGAGCCCGUGGCCACUAGGCAGGUGCCUGUGUCCAUUUCCACCAGGUUUUCCAUAGCCACUGGGCUACUGUUCCAGCAGGCAUCUCUGGGGAAUUCUGAAUUCCAAUGCACAUUUCAAUGCACUGAAACGACUUCCCCCUUGGUCCCUCUGUCCUCCCCUACCUCUGUGUUCACCUGUCACCUGGCUCUGGAAGAGCCCUUGGGUACCUUCUCAAAAUUAUUCAGGGUCAAACCAUGGGCCAAACCUCCACCCAAUCAAUGCCAGGCUGUCUUGCUCUCUUGCAAGGUGCUGUACCGCAUCACUGGGAAGAGCUUCUCUCCCAGCUCCUUCUACCUCUCUGACACCCCUGUCCUCAUGGUGGAGGACAGCAGCCUCCCAUUUCCACCUUUGUGUGCAGUUUUCCAUCCCAGCUCUGAGGACCAUCUUCUCUUGGUCUCCAAUCCAAGGCUGUGCUUGGGAAUGGACAGGAAGGGAAGCCCAGGUAGUUUAAAGACUUUCUUUCUCCUGUUUUAACAUGGAGGUUACUCUUUAGCGAGAACUCCUUGGGAGUUGACUCUUGGUGACUUGUUCAAGCCACACGCCUUGAAUUAAGAAAACUGAGGAAAGCCAAGCAGGCUGGUUCAUGUCACUGCUGGCACCUCCAAUGCUUGACAAGUGCUUGGGGACACUUAGCACCCUCUUGUCACCAGCGCCCCUGGACUGGGAAGAUGGCAGGGUGGCUUCUGUGCAUGCUGGAGAUGUUUGGGAAACCUUGGCAUCGCCAGCACUGCACUAGCUGCUUUUGGACUCUUCACCAAUCUGUGAUCCUUUAUGUCCAGCUGCACCCCAGCCACAACACUAAUUCCUCAUCCCAGGUCCUUGCAGUUCCCAUUUGGAGCCCAGCAUGGGGCCUGAGGGCAAACAACCAUCCGGUGCAGGGGCUGAGGGUGACAGCCAUCCUCUGGUCUCAUGGGCUUGAUUUUUCCAGACUGUGCCCUCCACUCCAUGGCAUCUCUGAUCUUAUAUACUCCUGAUCUCACAUCCUUUCCUAUCUGAUCAAAAGGAAAACAAAUAGAUGAGGGAAAAAAAAGGACUUGGGGAAAGUAAACAAAGAUAAAAGAGGAAUGAGAAUUGUCUUGGCAUUAAGCUCACUUGAUGAGAAUUGUAGUAGACAAGUCUUCCUUGAAAUGUUUUUCCCUGUAAGAGCUGCCUUUUAUUAUGAGCUUAUAAAAUGUUAAGGGAGGGGGAUCUCAGAAAUUCCUUUUUAACACUUUUUAAAGGUUUCUAACUCCCUGGUGCUAUUUUUUUAGGUUAAGGAUUUUUAAUGUUGAACAUGUUGCGGGCUUUUAUACAAUCUUUUAAAAUGAGAGAACUGUAUAGUUUUUAACACAUUUCACAUUUUUUGUAUCUAAAGUGUGGAAACUCGCAAC